GUUAGCACCACCAGCAUGACCUCUGGCGGUGACCUUGGGAGGCAGCACCAAAACACCCCGUCCAGGCGAGGUGAGCACCGCCGCCUGACCCACCUGGUGACAUGAGGACCUAGCUUGACCCAGGCUUGACCCGGCACCAUGGACUCAGACCCGGAAAACCUCGAUAAGCAGUUCAGCAACCGCCUCCUGCUGCGCCAUGCCAGCCAGAACUCCCUCGAUGAGAGUUCUCAGAAACACAUUCCCCGCUCGGAGACAAAACACAAGCUCCCGUACAGGAACCCGCAACAUUUUCCUCGGGCAUUUGACAACCUCAACUUGAUGAGAAGGCAGAGUCAGCUGUGCGAUGUGGUUCUCGUUGCUGACAGCAUGGAGGUGCCAGCCCACAAGAUGGUGCUGGCCUCCUGCAGCCCUUACUUCCAUGCCAUGUUCACUAGUUUUGAGGAGAGUCGGCAAGACAGGAUAGUGUUGCAGGACAUCGAUGGAGGUGCGCUGCAGCUCCUCAUCGACUACGUGUACACGGCAGAGGUGCUGGUGACCGAGGAGAAUGUUCAGGUCCUGUUGCCGGCUGCCAAUCUGCUGCAGCUGACUGAUGUUCGGGAUGCUUGCUGUGACUUCCUCCAGUCUCAGCUCCACCCCACCAACUGUCUUGGCAUCAGAGCCUUUGCAGACCUUCAUGGCUGCCUUGAACUCCUCUCCAUUGCAGAGGGCUACGUGGAGCAGCACUUUACUGAGGUGGUUGAGUGUGAGGAGUUCCUGUCACUUACGUCCCAGCAGGUGACCAAGCUGAUUUCCAGUGACAGACUGACCACACCCUCAGAGGAAAAGGUGUUUGAGUGUGUGAUGAGCUGGGUUAGCGGUGACCUGGCCAACCGGGAGCAGUACCUGGCGGAGCUGAUGGAGUACGUGCGGCUGCCGCUGCUCUCCCAGGACUACCUCAUUCAGCGGGUGGAGGAGGAGCCCUUGCUCAAGCAGGAUGCACAGUGCAAAGACUAUUUGAUAGAAGCAAUGAAGUUUCACUUAUUAAAAGGAGAACAAAAGGCUCUCUUCAAGUCCCCAAGAACAAAACCCAGACAACCUGUUGGGCUUCCCAAGGUGCUGCUGGUGGUGGGUGGCCAGGCUCCCAAGGCAAUACGUAGCGUUGAAUGCUACGACUUCAAGGAUGAGCGGUGGUUCCCUGUGGCUGAGAUGCCAACCAGGCGCUGCAGGUGUGGCAUAGCUGUGAUCAACGGGAAGGUGUACGCCGUGGGUGGGUUCAACGGCUCGCUGCGGGUUCGGACGGUGGACGUCUAUGACCCAGCGCGUGACUCCUGGUCCUCCUGUGCCAGCAUGGAGGCGCGGCGGUCUACCCUUGGUGUGGCAACGCUCAACAACUGUAUAUAUGCUGUUGGUGGAUUCGAUGGCUCAACGGGCCUGAACAGCGCCGAGAUGUAUGACUCCAAGGCGUACGAGUGGCGGAUGAUUGCUCCGAUGUCCACCAGGAGGUCGUCCGUCGGGGUGGGGGUGGUCAGCGGCUUCCUCUACGCUGUUGGAGGGUAUGAUGGGGCGUCCCGGCAGUGCCUCGCCUCGGUGGAGUGCUACAGUCCCGAGUCUGAUGUGUGGACGUCUGUGGCGGAGAUGUCAGCACGCAGGAGUGGGGCAGGUGUGGGUGUGCUGGAUGGGCUGCUCUAUGCUGUGGGGGGUCAUGACGGUCCUCUGGUCAGGAAGAGCGUGGAGGUCUUCAACCCGGACACAAACUGCUGGAACCCCGUGGCGGACAUGAACCUCUGCCGCAGGAAUGCCGGUGUGGUGGCCCUCAACAGCCUCCUCUACGUGGUGGGGGGCGACGACGGCACCUCCAACCUGGCCUCCGUGGAAGUGUACAACCCCAAGACAGAUGUGUGGACGCUGCUGCCGGCACACAUGGGCAUCGGCCGCUCCUACGCCGGUGUGGCGAUCAUUGACAAGCCGGGUUUCUGAGAGGAGGCCGAGGGGGCGGGAGGAGCAGCAGGAGACGGGACUGCAGGAUAAUGUCUGUGAUCUGUAGUGCUGCUGGGGAGUCCUGCGUCCUCGUUCCCCCCCCUCUGUGGUGUGACUUUGCUGCAUCCAAGGUUUUGUGCUUAUAGUUUUAUAUUAUAUGAUUUUUUUUUUAGCGAUGGUAAUUUAUUAUUUUGUUUAUUGUAGCCUCUUUUACAUCUGAUGCUAUUAGUUUUUCUUUCUUCCAGAUGAAGGCUACAGUACAGUUCAUGAAUUCCAUAUAUUUUUGAACAUUUGUGUGUGUUUGAUGGGCAAAAUGUUUUGUGUCAUUUUAUAAAAAGGCAUAUUUUUGAGAUUAUAAUUAUGGCUGGCACCAUAUUAUGAGAUUUCAAAUAGCUUUAUCAAUUUAGUUUUCAUACAUAUACUCAGUUUUAUGACUUGUAUCACAAGUUGGCUUGAUCGUAUAUUGACCUGAAGCCCUCGUGACAGUGCUUCAUGUCACAAGCAUAAUGGUCAGCUUUUCACUCAUUAACUUAAAAUAUUUACUUGCCUGCUCACGUACACAAGCUCUUUAGAAAACUUUGUGAUCAUUUGAAGUUCUCCCCGUGGAAAACAAGUACUGUAGUUCCUGGUGGCAGUUUGUGUUGGUGUUAAGUUGUCCUUCAAGAUUAUUCUUGGGCUGGCCAUGAGUGAGUGUUCACACUUCCCUGGUGGCCCCACAAAGUGUCAGCACUCAUGUAAUCUGUGGUCAAACCUUGGUGCUAACCCUCAUUGACUCCUGAAUCUCAGUAAGCUGACCUCAGGUGCCACCAGGCUCUCUGGCUCAUGUGUCCCAUCAUCAUCAGUAGGAACAGUGCAGUGUUGUGGCGACACUUGUCCCUGGCCCAGUGUUCACAUAAGUUCUUGUUAAAUACAAAUAUCCUUUCCCACGUACAUGAGGUGACCUUAAAAUAAGAAGCGGAAAAAAAAGUGAAGAAGUCAAUGAAAUGAGACAACAAGAAACAAAAGCACAACAGUUGAACCAUUCCUUUUGUGCUUCUUCCUAAAAUUGUAAAAAUCUAGCAGAAAAAAUCCCUAAGGAGUGGCUUCUGUACAUACUAUUAGUAUUACAUUGUGUGUCAGCUGCAGAAGGAACCUUGUGCUGUGUUACUGUUGAGGACAAGAAAAAGAUACAAAAAGUGAUAAAAGAAAUUGGCUGUCGGAAAGACUGGCAGAAGUAUUGUCCAUUAGCCAAGUCUUGCAUCAGAAUGACUUUUUUAUACUUUCUCAUACCAGUAGCCUCCUAAUCUUAAGUUCUUUAUAUACUGUGUGGGGAGAUUUUGAUAUGAAGGGAGAAAUUAUGCUUAGUUAAAUACCAUAUCAAGAGCUGUGUUAGUACAUAAACUUUUACACUGCUGAUUGUGUGUUGGUUUGUGGUAGCAUUUGGCGGGUGUGAGUGGAUGCCUUGACUCAUAGAGGGCGCUUUCCUGUGUUUCCUAAUGCACAGCAGCUUGGUGAACUCACCCUGCAGACCAUCAUAUACUGACCUGGCAUUGCAGCCUAAUUACUCAGCCUAGAGUGGAGCAUAUGCUGACUUCUCAUAGUGUGUGGUAACUCAGCCCAGUGAAGCAUACUGGUACUAUAGCUCAAGUGUACCUCAGCCUGCCAUGUAGUAAAUGCUGAUCACUGAUAUGAUGAAGCAGCUGCAACAACAAGACCUGCAGUUUAGCAUGUGCAUAUUUCACUUAGCAACUUGGCAGCACAUUCUGAUCCUUCAAUGCAGCGUGGUAAUUGAGCCUGCAAUGUAGCAUAUUGUCACCUCGGUAAACAAAGCGCCUUAGUCAUUAUUUUCUACUUUUCAGGAAAUCAGAAAAGAACUGUCAUCAUCUCACAUGUCUUAAGAUUUAGGCAGAAAUGGAAAGAUCAAUUCUAGAACACUCAAACCCUGAAUGACCAAGGCGAAUGGACAUGUUGAAGGUUAUGUUGAAAAACUGCUGUAGACAAAAACAUGGAAUGCUCUGAAAAAUGACUUACGCGAUUAUAUUUUAUGAGGGUGACGAUAUGCUCACAUCACGUAGCUGCUUAACACUCGGCCUGCUGUGUAGCAUAGUCAAAGUCCAUUAUUAUGAAUUGCACCAAUCUGAAAAUCCCAGUAAGUCUGAAAUCAUAAAGACAGGAGAUUAUAAUCCCUAAAAUGAGGCUGCCAGAAUCCUUGAAAGGAAAUAAUCCCAGAAGACAAGUUAUCUGAAGUCUGAGGUGCAGGAAACAUAAUGAGUAAUAGGCUGGAUCUGGGUUGCAUGAAUGUUAAGAAAGAAAGACAAAUAUGUUCAGUAAUUUUAUUUUUUCAUGAAAGUCAAUUUUUCAUGUAGUCCAGCUCUUGAUCAACAUCAAUUGGAAUUCAAUGAUUUUUUAUUUUUUUUAUUACAUGUUUUGCCCUGUUGCAUUGACUACAGCAUUCAGUAAGCUACCUAAAGCAGCAACAGGGGCUUUGGAAAUGAAAUCUAAAAAAAGAGAGCACAGAACACUUACAUUCUGUGUUGAAUUGAAGUUAGUAAGGUAAUUGGAAAAGUGGGAAUGGAGUUGGCGUCACUGAUUUUAUUUGAUACUCAUGUUACUCAGUAUUAGAAUGCUGGCACUGAUACUGAUGCUCCUCCCACCAGCAAACAGGCACUGCUGUCACCUGCUUACAAAUUGUGACAUUAAUCAAUAUGGUAUGGGUGUGGUAUCAUAAUUAUACCCAUUCUGAGCCCAUAGAAGAAUGGUUUAUCAACAAGUAUGAAUGGAUGUAGACAAAACUGAAUGCAAGCUAAUGUGUCUGCUGGGAAGCGACGUUGGUAAACACUACGCUCAGCCACACAAUGGAUGCAGUGUGUCUUGUAUGCUGAGAAAGCCAUAGCCAGUGCUUUCUCGGUAAAGAGUGAGGGUCUCAGUUGUGCCAUCACUAAUAAGGGGAAGAUCCUGUAGCUGGCAGUGUGUUGAGACAUCAUGCAGCCACCUGUCGCUCAUCAAAUCAGUACUUGCCCAGUUAUACUCAGUACAAAUGAACAUGUCUGUGGUGAUUUGGGGAGUAAUUCAAUAAUUUUAGAAGAAUCCCAAACAAAACAGGCAUGUGUCUACUGUUAUUCAUAUGAGUGGACUUUUACAGCAUAUGUUUCUCGCACACUGUAGCUUGUUUGCUCAGCUUGCAGUGCAGCAUAUGCUCACCCUGCAGAGUGCACCACAUGCUGUUGGCUGGCAGUAGUGAAAGUAAUUCAAAAUAAUAUGUGAGUGCCAUGUUGGGGAAGUCAUGUAGCUUGUUGCAGCAGUUUGGGCAGAGCAGUAACAAAUAAUAUAGUCCCAAUAUUCUAAAUAAAUAUAUUUUUCUCUUACUUUUAUAAAAUGUGGUGUGGUAGACUUAAUUGACAUCAUAAUGUCCUCACAUUGUAAUUAGAAUAGAUUUAAAUUUUCUUUAGUUUUGUGUGGUGGCUUUUAAGUAAUUUGUCUUGUAAUAAGGGACCAAAAAAUAUUGAAAUUUGGUGAAAAAUUUAUUGAACAAAAUAUCAAAUACAGUAUUAUUUUAAGGAGGAAAAUUACUGCAAAACAAAAUAAUCUUUUUUGCAUGUGUAUGCCAUCAAACAGCUUCAUUACAAGGCUACUAUUUGAAAAAAUAUAUACAACUGUGAAAGGUAAUUGGCUUAAGGUGAAGUUAAUUUGGCACCUGAAUCUCAGAACUUGCCUGAUUGGCUGGCUGGUGUGCCGCAGGGUCCUGGUGACCACUGUGUCUGGAAAGGAAGGAUCCAGUUGGUUCUGAAAUCAUCACAGCAAUACAUGAACAUUGUAAUCAUAAUCUUUACUCCAUAUACUUUUCACAUCAUGAAAAGUGUAGUGCAAGAAGUCCCACUCACGGAUCCAAGCUGUGGGCAAGAAGAACCAGACUUUUUGUUGGUUAGCUGCACUACACACAGCUUUGUACUUUGAAAUUUGUUUAUACUAUAUGUGUAAUGUCCCACUCACUUGUAUUGCUUUAUGGGUGAGAAUUCUAUAGUUUUAGGUUGGUCAGCUACACCACUCACAAUACUGCUAGGAAGCAGAACUAUUGUUCAAGGAAAAUGAUGUUGACUGUAGCUUGAUAUAAAGACAGUGUGUGGUGUUCCCCACAGUGUAUGUAAUGGCUGGAAAUGUUAAUGGUACCACACAUGCUAUGAAUCAGACACUGUGACUGCUGUGUGUGUGUGUGUGUGUGUGUGUGCACUCUUGUGUGCAUGUGUGUAUGUAUGAGUGUGUGCAUGUGCAUGUCUUUAUGUUAUUAUUAAUCCUGUCCUUUGGACAAAGCUGUGUGGUACCUUUUUACCGUCAGUCAUUCUGAUCUUUGUGAUAACAAUGGUAGUACGAUAACCAAUUCUCACUGUUAAUGAAAAUGAGUCCUUAUGUUAAGGAUCAGAAAUGGUUUUUUUUUUUGGGUUUUUUUAAAUGUUUAUACAGGAUUAACUGCAGAAAAUUGAUGUUGAGAAGCAGUGUUGAUUGUCUGUAACUCAUGUUGAAAAGAAAGUCAAAAGUGUGCUGAGUAGAUCAAAUUUUUGCAGAUACUUUACUACAUAUAUGAAGAGUUAACCUGCAGUUUAUUGCAUAAAAUGUCCAUUGUCCUGCGAGGGCAAUGGCUUAACUACCUGCGUGAGAGGCCGUGGCCUGGGUACACAUGCCAUCCCUGUCUUGCCCUUGUUGGUGCCACUGUAUGCUGUGGGGCUUGGGAGGAAUGCAAUUUGAAGCAUUGAAUGAAUGAUUUAUACAUUUAAGUGAAGCUUUGACCUAGUGGAUGAUUAUUAUUAUUAUUCUGCAUCACACACUGUGAUAAGUGUUUUGUACUAUCCGUAGGUAUAACUUCUUUCACCUGCAGCUCACUUCUGGUAGACAUAUAGCUUGGCCAUAUGUUGUGUGAGGAAUAUCCAAUUUGGUGGCUAGUGAGGGAUGGAUGGAUGCAUUGUUUAGAGUUGCUGCUGUUACUGCUUCUUUUUUCGGCUUUCCUCUCAGUGCUUGCCGUCUCCUUCCCACCAAACUGAUGAAGAAAGUUGUUGCAUCAAUAGUGUUGGGGUGAGUGGCUCAAAGGUGUUGCUGUGUUUUGAUGGAAAUAUUUGUAUGGAGCAUUCUAUUUAUAUUGAAUUUUGCCAAGGUGAGAUGGUAUGACUUGGAGGGCUUCAAAGUUUAUUAUAUCAAUAUCAUAUUUGGAUGUUUUUUAUGACAUUUCUUGAUGUGGAAAAUGAACCAAUACAAUCCUCUUGAUCACUGAAUUUCCCUGCACAUAAAAUGUGCUACCUCUACGUGAUACUUCUUUGAAAAGUCACCGUUUAGAAACAUUUUUUCUUGAAUAUCUGAAUUUUUACCAUGCAAAGCAUCCAGAUAAAUAUAUUGCAAUCCAUAAUGUUAAGAGUUGAACAUUUCUUCCAAGUAAAAGAUGCAGCUAAUCUAGGCACGUCUUAUGUAACGGGAAGUACUGUGAUUGUAUUGACAUAGAAAAAAUAGUAUGAUGCUGUUUGAAGUUUGUUGUAUCUUGCAAGUUCCCAACACAUCAUACAGUAUUUGCUUGUACGUAGACUUGGAAAAAUGAAAAACUAUCGUUGGAUUAAUAUCAUCAUUGCUUUAUUGGUAUGUAUAACUGGUAUACAUGUACGCCAGUGUCUGAGGCGGGCCAAAAAGGGGCAGCUGUGUGUGCAUGUGUGUGUGUGUGUGUGUGAGUGUGUGUGUAUGACAUGUUAAAUUUCUGCCUAAUUGAGUUUACAUAUUUGUUCCGAUCAAAGAAUUCAAAAUGUCCAAGAACAAAGUUAGGUAGUGGAAUCUGUAGCUGGCGUGCAGGCCUGGAUGCUUCUCCCUGGCUGUAGCACCGAUGAUACAAUGGGCAGCUGUGAUAUGUAUAUUCUUUGGAGAGACAAAUUCCACAUAUAUACGUAAGUCAUUAUGGGAGGCAUGUGUGUGUUCAUGUGUGUGUGUGUUUGUGUGUGAAUGUUUUCCUAACUUAUUUAUCAAUUAUGUUUUACUUACCUUUUUCAUUUUUCAAUCAUAGUUAUACUUUAUCACCAUCUGUUUAUUAGUAUUGACGACUACUGUGCAUGAUGACCAAUUGACACUAGGCAUUUGUUAUUUUUUCUUUUCUUGCUCAUGCACAGUCUAAGAGGUGUCUGUGCCACUUUGCUGCCAAAAUCUGUAUUACGUCACGAGGCACCACCACAAAUGCGAGGUCGUCUUUCUCUUGUGUCCAUGCCUACUGUUGUGUUCUUACCGUGGCCGAGGGUUCCGUUUUGAGCUCAUGUUCUGUGCUUCUGCGUUCCUCUUUUUAUAUGUAUGUGUAUGGAGUUUUUGCAUCUAUUAGUAUGCAACAUAUCAUUUUCACCGGCAUCAGAGAGAGAGAGAGAGAGAGAGAGAGAGAUUCCUCCAUAACUUGCCAGUGUCUGAAUAAAGUGCCCUUGAGUG